AUGAACGAUUUUGUACAAUUCAAAGAAUCAAGAAAGCGUGGGAUGGAUGAAUUCCAUACAAGCCAAGACAUGAAUUAUUAUAUCAUUUCAAAGAAGUAAAGCAUUUUUAAUUUAAAUGAACAGAUGGUUAGAAGAGUGGAUAGAAAGUGAAGAGAAAGGUUAAACAUUUAACAAUUAUUCUUGUGUAAAUUCAGAUCUAUUAUUGUCUAAACCAUAAACCAUCUUUAAAUAUGAUCCAAUUUAAACUCAUAAAUGGAAUAAGAUAAUGCUUCCUAAUCUUUAAGAAGGAGUUGAUUAUGAAAUUUUAGAUAAAGCAACUUGGGAAAUCAUAGCAAGAAAGUUAUAAUAUUUUUUAUUAUGUAGGUUUCAUGUAACAACUAUUGAACGAGAUGCCACUAUUAUAAAUGGAAUUAAACAAGUUAAUGUCAAUCUUGUACCUUUAAACUUAGGAGCAGUGUUUCCUUCUACACUUCGCAAAUUCAAUGGAGGAAAAACUGUUACACUUAUUAAAGGAGACUAAUAUGUAUCUAGAACAUGCAAAUUAUCUUCAUUUAUUGAAUUAUUAGCAAGCACUUUAUAAACAGUGUACGUAAUUAUUAUACAACCAUAUAUAGUAGUGGCUAUGACUUCCAUAGACAUGAUGGAAUUAGACUUUAUAAAUGUCCCUUAGGUAUGACUAUGACAGAGAUUGAAAAACAUAUUUCUGAAGAAAUUAAAUCACUUGGAACUUAUGAUGAUGUAGUAUUUGAAUUUAAAGAUGCUGAAUAUUUGGAUCCAAAUAAAUAUGAAACUAUUGAAGAUUGUUAAAUAGCACCCGGUUAAAUUAUACUAGGAGAUUUUAAGGAAUUAUAAAAAAAUUGGGUAAUUAAACAUCCCAAUUUCACUAUGGAAGGAAAAUGUGAAGGUUGUUAUAAUUUCAAAGUACUUCGAUUUCCAUGUGAUUGCAAAAAAGUUAGUUAUUGUACAGAAGAAUGUAAAAAAAGAGAUGAGACUUAUCAUUUACCUAGAUGUGAAAAGACAGAUUCUGAUGAUGAAACAAUGGAUAAACUAUAAAGAAAUGAAAAAUCUAUGGAUGGCAAGGUUGGAUUAAAGAAUUUAGGAAAUACUUGUUUUAUGAAUUCAGGAAUUUAAUGUAUUGGUAAUACAUUCCCAUUAAGAGAAUACUUAUUAUCUAAUUAAUAUAAAUAAGAUAUAAAUGAAGAGAAUACUUUAGGUACAAAAGGAGAAUUAGCAUCUAAAUUUGCUCAUCUUUUAAGAAGAAUGUGGUAUGCUGAUAGAUCACCUAUUCCUCCAUUCUCACUUAAAAGAGCCAUUGGAAAAUUUUAACCAUAAUUCUAAGGAUUCCAAUAACAUGACAGUUAAGAAUUGAUUACAUAUUUAUUGGAUGGAUUAAAUGAAGAUUUAUGUCGUAUUAAACAAAAACCAUAUGUUGAGAGAAAAGAUUAUGAUGGAAGACCUGAUUUUGAAGUUGCUAAAGAAUCUUGGGAAUAAUUUAAGUUAAGAAAUGAUAGUAUAGUUGUUGACAAUCUUUAUGGAUAAUAUAAAAGUACUUUAAGAUGUCCAAAUUGUAAUAAAAUAUCUAUUACAUUUGAUCCAUAUUUGAUGGUUAAUGUAAGUAUACCUUAAAAUACAACCAAAAAAUUAGAAAUCCAAUUUAUAGAUCCAAAUUUAUUGUGGGAUUGUUAGACUCUUGUUUAUAAUUAUGAGAAAGCACAAGAUUCUUCACUUGGUUAAAUAUUGCUAUCUCCAGAAAUUUAAGACAAAAUUUAACAUAUUAAUCCAACUGAUUUGAUUUAUAUCUGUACAUCAGCUUACUAACAUGAUGAUACAGAUGAAAAUGAAAAAAUGUCAAGUUUGAGGAAGAAAUUAAAAUACAAAAAGUUAUAUAUUAGAAAAGCUUUAUAAUCCGAACUCAAUAUAGAAAAAGAAAAUAAAGUUUGCAUUAUGAUACAUGAAUCUUUUAAAUAAAAUGCUUAGUAUUAAUGGAAGAGGGAAAUUACUCCUGCUUUCAACUUCUAUUUUGAUAAAACUAAGACAAAACAUGUUGAUAUACAUAAAUUUAUAUUUGAUAUUCAUGUUGGAGUCUUAACAACUUUUGAAGGUCUUCCUCCAUAUAAAGGCAAUAAUUGGAGUGAAUAUUAUGAAGAAAAUAUAUUAGAUAAGGUUUAUUAUUUAGAAUUUAAAUCCAAUUAAAAUUGGUAAAUUGAAUGUGCUUUUUGCAAUGCAAAAUAAUGUAAUGAUUGUGUUUGUGCUUAUAAUUAAGAUACUUUAAUUGAAAAAUAUUUAUAAAAAGAACCUAAAUUAGAAAUUGAAGUAUUUGUAGUUUGGAAAAGAGGUUUCAAAAUAGCAAGCUCUGUUGAUGAAUUAUACAAUGAUUGGUUGAAACAUCAUCAAAGAAAAUAAAAUAAUAUUGAAGAAUUACCAAAAUAAUAAAAUGAUCAAGAAUAAUUAUAAGAAAAUAUAGAUGAUGCAAAAUAAUAAGAAAAUUUAUCUGAUGAAUAAUUAGCUUAAAAAUAAAAUUUCACUACAUGUCUCGUACCUUUAGGACCUUCUAUGCCAACAUUCUAAUCUACUAAUGUUCAAGCUACAACAGAAAAAUCAAUGAAAUUAGGUGAAUGUUUAAAAUUCUCUGAACAACCUGAAUAAUUAGAUGAAGAAAAUACGUGGUAUUGUAAUUAAUGCAAAGAUCAUGUGUAUAUUAUCCAUUUUAAUCUAUUAGUCGUGCUUUUAAAGUUAUGGAAAUCUAUAAAACACCUAAAAUAUUGAUAUUUCAUCUAAAGAGAUUCAAAAACUCUAAUAAAUUUUUCAAAAGCAAACUUGAAACUUUGAUUGAUUUCCCAAUUGAAAAUUUUGACAUAAGAGAAUAUGUAUAAAAUCACCAUUUACCAUCUGAAUUCACUACUGAACAUCCUGAAAAUCCAAGUAUUAAAUUUAAUUUAAUUUUAAAUUAGAAAUUAAUGAUCCUAUCUAUUAUGAUCUAUAUGCUAUUUCUAAUCAUUUUGGAGGAUUGGGAGGUGGACAUUAUACUGCUUUCGCUAAAAACUACUAUGACAAUACAUGGUAUAAUUUUGAUGACAGUUCAGUUAAUUCUAUUAAAGAGGAAUCUGUUAAUUCAACAUUAAUUACAAGUGCAGCUUAUGUAUUAUUUUAUCGUAGAAGAGAAUGA